CUGUCCGUCAGUCUCGGUCCGCGCUGGCGUAUAUAAGCGCGCGGGUUCGCUGUGCCACAGCGCGAGCGUUACUGUUUCAGAGAGUGCUUUUCAUAAUUACAGUAUCUCUAGCGCACGCGCGGCUGUGUGGCUUUAUAUAGUGUGCCGUGUGAGGCAUUUUAGGGUGAUUUUCGCACGCGAAUUUACUCUCAGCGCACGAAAGGCGAAGAAACGAUCACGAUCAGUAGUGUGUGUGUGGGGCUCGCGUUUCUCUGGCAUUAUUCAUGAGCAACGGUGGAUCCUCCCAGGGGCGGAGUUAUUCGAAGUAGGCGUGGCGGUGGUAGAUGAGCGACAGAUGCAUCAUCACGUGGGUCACUUACACUGACUGUAGAGUGUAGACCUCACUGGCUGGUGUUUCCUGCAGGAGAGUUAGAGGCUGAUGGAUGUGGACUGAUGUCUGUUCAGAGUGAGCUUCCGGUCGCUGGGGGGGCGAGUCUGCACGCUCACCCUCAGCCCAUUGCUGUCCAGGGUGAGGUGACCGCUAACAUUGUGCUAACCGAGCUCGCUGCCAAUCAUGUGACUCCUCGGGACACGCCUCUACAUGUGGACCAGAUCAGAAACGGCCUGCAGUCGCGAGGCGAGGUGCUGCAGAGGCUGAGCAAGCGGCGCUACACCACGAGCGCGGGGUUCAAACACCCGAGCCUCAGUAAACGCAGGCGCCGCGCUAACUCCGAAUGCGACCCGGUUCUGCCCUCCAACUUCCUGCUGGGCGGGAACAUCUUCGACCCGCUGAAUCUCAACAGCCUGCUGGACGAGGAGGUCAGUAAGGCGCUCAACGCCCAGACGCCCAAAUCCUCGCCCCUUCCCAGGAAGAACAGAGACCCGGUGCAGAUCCUGAUUCCCAAAGACAUCACCGACCCUCUGAAUCUGAGCGGACGCGGCGGAGACGCAGCUACGGGCGUGUUGGUGUCGCCCCUGAAGAGCCGGCGCAGGCAUCGCCACCGACACCAUCCAGGAGCGACCGCUGAGCCUUCCGAUGGGGAGAGGGCAAAGGUCGACGAGGGGUCGGCGUUGUUUCCUGCCGUUAGUUCGGUGCCUGACAAGCUCACGGACGCCGCUGCUGUGCUUCAGUCUGUGGAGGAGUCGCCGCGUCCUUACGAACUCAACACGUCAAUCAACUGCCGUGACGAAGUGGUGCCGCCCAUCCUCCCGCGGCGACGGUCACACCCCUCCUCGUCUAGCUCCGCCCCCCAGGCGCAGCCGUCCAAACACAGGAAGCGCAGACGAACCAACAGCCAUUCGGACCGCCUGUCCAUCACGCCCACUCCGCCCAUCAAGCACACCGUCGCGCACAGCCAGACGUUUCACACUCCUGUUGUGGGCGGAGUCUGCGGAGCUCCGCCCCUGAGGGCGGAGAGAACCCCACAGCAGCGGCGCAGGACGCAGCGCAGGUUCCAGUACGGAAGCUACAACCGUUACUACGGUUACCGCACACCGUCGCUGACCGCAGACCCACGCUUGGCCUUGUUUCUGGAUGUGGGCUGCAACACGGGUCACAUGACCCUCGCCAUCGCCAGACACUGGAGGCCUGAGCGCGUGCUGGGCGUGGACAUCGACGGAGCGCUGGUGCACGUGGCCCGACAGAACCUGCGCUACUUCCUGUCGGAGCUGCAUGGAUGGGAUGAGAGCGACAGGAUGCGGUCGAGCGGUGGGCCGCUGGGUGAAGGGUCAGAGGUCAAGGCCGGAGGUCAGAUGGGGUUAGCGCCUCUGAUGGACCUGCAGCUGGACCACGGUCAAGCGUUACGCAGGUUUCCCCUCUCCUUCACGCGCUGCCGUGGACCCAUCGCCACAUUUCCCAUAAUGCCUCACGUCCCAGGCCUGUUCCCCUACAAUGUGUACUUCCUGAAGGGCGACUAUGUGCCUGGGGGCAGGGUGGUGUUGGUGUACCAGUGUGCCGAGUACGACGUCAUUCUGUGUCUGAGAUUGACUAAGUGGGUUCAUCUGAACCACGGUGACGCUGGAAUCCAGAGACUGUUUCAGCGCAUCUACAGACACCUGUUACCUGGAGGAGUGCUGAUCCUCGAACCCCAGCCCUGGAGCUCCUACAGCCGCCGCAAGAGACUCAAGGAGGUGACGUACAGGAACUACAGGAGCAUCAGACUGAAGCCGGAUCAGUUCAGCAGCUUCCUGACGGCUGAGGUGGGCUUCAGCAGCUACGAGCUGAUCACGCCUCACAGCAACCCUAAAGGACUUCAGAGGAUGAUUUAUCUGUUCCAUAAAGGCCCCGCCUCCAACAGGAAGUGAGUUUCAGGAAGCGUGGGAAUCAUCAUGUGAUCUUCUGAUUGAACACAAACACGUGGUUUUGUAGCGUUGUGCUUCUGAGGUUUGUUUCUUCCUGUGCCCUAUGGAGGGAGGGCUGGACUACUUCCUGUUUGCUCCGUUUUUAACUGCUAUAUGUGUCAGAGUGCUGCAGCGGUGACUGUUGACCUCUGACCUCAGACUGACGGUUGGUCCGGUCACAUGGACAUCAGUGUGUUCUUCUGUACAUUUGAAUCAUGACGAACUGAGUGACGUUUCCUGAUGCUAUACACACACACACACUCUCACACACACACAAACUCUCUCUCUCUCUCUCUCUCUCUCUCUCCUCUCUC